AUGUCGAGCCGCUCAGACGAUUCGUUGGACUCGCUUUUUCAUUACGAGCCGAGCCGCGUAGAUGCCGAGGCGAGAAGUUCAACAGAAUCCUCCGAGGCGUCUGUUUCGCCGAACCCUUCCAAUCGUUCAUCUGACGAGGCGUCGAAUGACGCGAAUCCAUCAAACGAGGGUCCUGCAGAUGACGAGCCGUUGGCUUCGACGAGCCGUCCCCAGGACCCGGUUUCUGAUGAAGGUGUUAAUCGCGCCAUAGUAAAAGCCGAGGAGGAAGCAUUUCCCUUUGAUCUACUCGAGGCGAAGUACGAGUUGGAACGUCUCAUGGCGUCCCGAGGCGCUUCCACAUCUGGGCAAGGACCACGAGUUAAAAGACAAAAGCCCGAUUCGCCUGGCUCUACGCUUUCUUCCCUUGAGUCGCUCGAGGCGUUGAGGCAUCGCUUCGGGAUAUCCGAGGCGGUGGAGUUUGUCGUUCCCGAGAAGAGCGACCGUGCCGACAAGCCUCCGGAGAAUCACUUCACUCUGUACGAGGCGUUCUUCGAGCUUUGCUUUCUCUGGUUCCCGAUCCCCGGAGUGAUCCUUGAAUACCUUUGGAAACACGGGAUCUCGAUUGGGCAGAUUAUGCCGAGGGGAUUACGGCAUAUGAUCGGCAUUUUGGUCCGAAGCUUCGAAUGCGGUCUGGACAUCGAGCUGAAUCACCUGCUGAACUUGCUGGAAAUCAGGAAAGCUCCGAAAGGAAAUAGGUUCUAUAUUUCCAAUAAGCCGAAGCGACGGAUUAUUGGCGGUUUUCCCAGCAAGGAUCAGUUUUGGACUGAACGCUUCUUCUACGUCUUGGUGAACGAGGCGUCGGUCGGCGAAGAUUACUUCGGUGCUAUCUUCCCCCGAUUCCCGAUGACCUCCUUACUGUUUGAGACUCUCUCGGCGCGAAAGGUUAAUUGGAGAAAAACUUUCACCCUCGAAAGAGUAGAAAAAGCGCGAGCCAUCCUUGCCGGAGUCCCUGUCAGUUCUUUGUCCUCAAGUUCUUCGAGAGAUACCCGGGAGAAGAUGGUGGUGAUCGCCCUUAGAGAAAUGAAGAGGCGCGAGGAAGAGGAAGCCGCUAGACGUGCUGCCGAGGCGGCUCGCGCACAAACCGAGGCGGUUCCGGCGCAAGCCGAGGCGGUCCCAGUGCAAACCGAGGCCGUCUUUUAA